AUGUCAGAGUCGUCUUCUCCCAAAAGGCCGCGGAUGGACUUUGAUGAUGGUUCUGGUAAAGAGGACCACCAUGACAAAUAUAAAAAUCGAGAUCGUGAGAUUGAUGAUCAGACCUGUUAUCCACAGUCAAAACAUCAGAGGAAACGUUCAGAUCAAGAUGAUGAUGAUGGUAAAGAAGAGGAGGUCAAGGCAAAACCUAUAAACAUAGAAACAGCGAGACGAGAACACACACUGGUGAUGAGGCUGACAAAUAAAGAACAGGAACUUCAGGACUGUAUGAAUCAAAUACAGGAAAUGAAGCAAGCACAGACUCAGAACACAGCUCAGCUUCGCUCAAUGCUGCUUGACCCAGCCAUUAACCUCGUGUUCCAGCGCAUGGCCAAAGAGAUGGACGAGCACAAGGAAAAACUCAAGCAAAAACAAAACGAACUCAGUGCAUGGAAGUUCACGCCAGACAGUCAAAUAGGAAAGCGAAUGAUGGCCAGAUGUCGUCUGCUGCUCCAGGAGAAUGCAGACCUGGGGAAAAUGAUCUCGUCUGGAAGAACUGCCCGACUGGAAUCUGAGAUUGUCAUGCACAAAGCCCUGGUUACAGAAAUGAAGAAAAACCAGAAAGAGCUGGACGAGUUUGUCGGAGAACUGGAAGAAGAUGUGGAAGGCAUGCAGGGUAUGAUAUUCAUGUUACAACAGCAGUUGAAGGAAGCUCACGAGCAGAUAGCCAGACUACAGCAAGAUAAUGAGCGAUUCAGAACGUUACGCAUGCCCCCGGACACAGAACCGGGGGGCAGUUUUGGUGUUAGUAGCAAUAGUAAUACGCCUCUGCACAACUGGACAGAAGACCAUGGUCGUGAAUCAGAGUUGGGUUCCCUGACACCAGGUCAGCUCCUGUCUUCUGCUCAGGCAGGAAAGAAUGCUGAAAAUGAAAAUAGUUCUGAAAGUUUGACUAAAAGGACCUCGCCAGCUCUGCCACCUGCACUUUUGGCCUUAUCGGUCAAAAACAAAGCAUGUGUGGCCAGUUCAGACCAGCUGUCUAUUGGUCAGAAUUGUGAAGAUGACUUCAGCUCGUUUGCAUAUAAAGUGACUCCAGACUCGGGCAUGCAGACCCAGGAAGACGAGGAUGUCUCCAUGGAUGCACCAGAGUAUUCAGAAUCUGUUAACCAGCAACAAGUUUGUGAUACCCAUCUGCACCAGACCUAUUCACAUCCCCAUGUUGCGUCAAGGACUACCCCAGAAAACCCUGGAAUUACCAUUAAAAGGGAGAUUAUUGCACCUCAGGCAGGAUAUGAGAGAACUAGCAUUUCCCAGACUUCUUACACACCUCCUCACAAGACAGGCUUUCCACAUGAUGCGGCUGGUGAAACUCUAAGAACUACCACUCCUUCAACCAAAUCAAGCCAGAACAGCAGUGAUAGCUCCUCAAAGUCUUUGCAAGCUCUCAGUGAGGGUUCUGCCUCUACAGAAAAUGCAAGCUGUCCAUUUAUUGUUCACAGCAGAGCAGAGGGAGAGCAAAGGACUCAGUAUCCCGAAGAAACAAUGGAUUCAGAGAAUAGGAAUUCGGGAAGGACUAAUCACACACUGGAAACUAGGUAUGAAAAGACUUCGGCAGUGUCAGCUGUUGAGAAUAAAAUAGGUGAAAGACCCUAUGGAGAAAUAAUGUUAGAUGAGAAUAAAGCUGCACUGCAUGCCACUUUAGGAUUACAUAAUGUCAAAAUUGAAGACGAUAAACCAGACAUUCAACUGAAGAUAGGUCUUGUCAACGGAAGCCCAGUUGCCGGUCAGGGUCUAUGA